AUCCAUAUUUAGGUGAAACAUAUUAUUUUUAUGAACAUUGCAACUUUAGAUCCAGAGUUUGAAUCUGUAUGAACAUGAAAUUAAACAAAUUCAUAUUAUCAACUAUUUAUUUCGGAUCAUUCAAUGAAAACAUUGAUUCGUAUCUCGAUCAUUGACGAACGGAAUUAAAGUUGCAGGUUUUAUGCUACAAGCUGAAAACAUGUCACUCGUCAGUGAAAUCAAUGGUGAAGACCAACCUUGGAAAUUGAAAGUGAAGAUCAUAAGGCUGUGGAAACAAACUUUUAGCAACAAUCCUCAUGUGGUCUCAAGUAUUGACAUGGUGUUGAUUGACGAGCAGGGAUCAAGGAUCCAAGCUACGGUCAAACAUAAGCUGAUUCCGAAGUUUGCUGCCUUACUAGAGGAAGGAGGGAUACGUGUUAUCUCAAACUUUGGAGUAGGGGAGAAUAAGGGGAGGUUUUUACUCACAAGGCAUCCGUGCAAGAUCAAUUUCUACCCUAACACCAGUGUUAGAUUGUCUAACGACUGGGCUGGUCCGGAUCAGUCAAUUCACCUGUUAUCUUUUGAUGAUAUUUUGACGAAGAACUUUGAAUCUGUGUAUUCCUUUGAUGUCAUUGGCGAGGUUGUUCAUUGCCAGGAUACCAAGGUUAUGACCACGAAAGGCAAGGAAAGGCGUGUCAAAAAUCUCCAGUUACAAAAUCAUUAUCCCGGUAAACAUAGUCACUCUCCUAUGGUUGGUCAACAAGAUAUACAAACUAACAAAGUACAAACUACUUGUCGAAUGGGUAAGUGUAGGCAAUUGAGUGCUAAAAUAUUAGAUUGAAUUUAAAGAUAACGGCAAUUAUAAGAAAGUAAUGCUCUCAUAAGUAAAGCUCUCACAUGCUUAGCAGCGUUUUGCACUUCA